AUGAGCGCCUUCAACCUCGAAAUAAGCGCCACCAUUGACCCAGAGGUCCAAAUCCCCUGGAGUAGCCGUGUGGCCAUCUGCCUCCUCCACCGCCAUCGUCUCAUCGGCAAGAAGACACUUCGCAAAACGUACAUCAUUCCCGACGAGGAUAAUGAAGUCAAGAUCAGGCUGGAAAGCCUGAACAUCCAAAACCUGGUCGCACUCAAGGCCUUCUUCGAAAACCUGAUGCCCAAGAACGGUGUCACCCAGGAGGAGUCGGCCGGCUUGGCUGUUACCGCUGCGCUGGAUCAUGAUGAUAGCGCCAAUGAGCUCUCCAUCUCUAUCGAAUUGGACUAUAUGGCGAUGCUGUCGAUUAGUUGCCUGGAUUUCAAGCGUUGUGAUGAGAGUAUACGCAUUAGCUUCAAGAUGUCGAGCCCGAGUCCUGUCUACAUGAGUUUUGGACAGUGCCAGUUCAUUCUCAAGAAGGGUACAGAGACGCUGGCCCUUUUGGACGGCCGUUUCGCCAUUCACAAGGGCGAGGAUUCAGUCGUCAUGGAGGGGGACAUUGACUUCAGUGUUAAUUACAAGCUGUUUGCUGGAACGGGGAAUUUGAUGGGCUUCAAGACGUAUGAGCACAACAAUACUUUUCUCGCUCAUGCUAUUCGGUUGUUCAAGACGGAAGUCAAAUUGAGCUAG